AAGCUGCGUUGCUCAAAGCGCCGGGCAAUGGCCCGGCUGCGGUGAAGACAAGAUGGCGAUGACCAUGGACCCGCUUCGCUUUUCACCCGGGCAGACGCCGUCACAUCGACUUCGGCAGACGGGGGCCAGCGUCCUCGGAGGUGAGGGCUCAAGGCCGGAGUCCGGCGCGUGCCGACGCAGCUCAGGACGAGUAGAUGCAUCGCCCGCCUAUGCGCCCUAUGCACCUCAGAUGCCCGGCGAUCUUCCACCUGGCAUGACCAGCGUGCGAUCUGGAAGCUCAAAUGCAGAGGCCGCUUGGGAGACAUCGAGACCUGUGAGUUGCGGGUCACAAGCUUCGGGCAUUUCCCUGCAGCCUGACGUGGACGAGCGGCCUCCAUCGGCCUCCAAGUCAGGGCUGCUCUACACAGACACGGCUCCAUCGCUGGAGAAUUUCAGCGGCCCGGCUCAGAACGUUCCGGUGCUGCGCAAGGUGCAGCAGCGGCGCUACCGGGGCCCGCCUGAGCAGAUUCCAAAGGCAGUGUGGUCGGAUAGCGUGGCUCACUUGGCUCCAGAGGAGGAGUGGCCACUACAUGCUGUGCCGCUCUUUAUUUUCGGAGGAGUUGACAGGCCUCGGCCAGCCUACAGGGAGGAGCUGAAGUUCACGCUUCGCAACGACAAGUAUGUCAGCUUUGCGCUGAGAUUGCGGUGUGGUACCGGGGAUCAUUAUAUGGGUGGAACCAUUGGUCUCCUUCACAAUCCAGAGCGCACCGAGGCGCUGGCUGGUGAUGAGGGCCAAUUGGCAACAAUUCUGGACUUGGUCGUUCAGCCAGACAAUUCUGUCAUCGUGACAGCAAUUGGCGACCUGGACUUCACUGUCGCACGCACCUGGAUGCCUCGCGGCUUGCGCGGACUCCAGCUGGCGUUCGUAGACGUACACCGGUCGAAGGUACCAGCCUUACAACCUCUCCUUCGGACCUGCGAUGAAGAGCCAGGAUUUGCGCUCUUUGGGCAGCUCGUGGCCAGAGCACACGGCUUUGAACAAGUGGCGGAGGCCCUGAACGGCGCAGACGGGCCGUUCACGGUCUUCGUGCCCCGGGAUGACCAGCUGUUUGCCGCUCUAGGGGGAGGAUCUGUCGAGGAGAUGCUCCAGACUCCAUACCUUCAGGCGAUUCUCGCCUGUCACAUCGUUAGAGGAAAAGUGCCCUUCGAGGCCCUGUACAGUGGCCGAACGCUGAAAGCCAUCGACGGCUCGGUGCUGAUGGUCACGUUCACUCAGUGGCCUCGCGGCGGCCCUUGUGUCAACGACGUCCCUGGUGAGCACAUGGACAUAUUUGCUUCCAACGGCGUCAUCCACAGCAUCAAGGGCGUGCUGAUGCCAGCUCCACGAUCAAACCAGCGCCGGUGAUGGAUUGCGCUUCUGGCCAAGAUGGCCGGAAAGCCUCUCUUUGGAAGAAAGCGAAUACACUCCGGACAUUGUGGAGGCCUGUCAAAGCAUGCUAAAGUCUGCACGACUCGAUUAGGUUUCACCUGGCAUUGAUAUCCCUGGCAACCAGAGAGC